CCUCCCAAUCAUCCGGAUUUGGCUAAGUCCUACAACAACAUUGGUACAAUAUAUGAAGACAUGAACAAUUACUCAAAAGCUCGUACAUUUUAUAAACAUGCUAUACAAAUUGGGCAACAAUCAUUACCUUCAAAUCAUCCCGACCUUCAACAGUGGAGAACGAAUCUCGAAUAUGUAAAAAACAAAUAA